AUGGACAUCACGCAAAAUCGCGGCACAGGCGUACGGUCUGAUUUGUUCGGUGGACUUCUUCACGGUCAACGAGGUGGUGGCCGGAGUGAGUCUGUAGUUUGGAGCAGGAACCCGGCCAAGAUACUCGUUCAAGGCCUGAGCAAUCCCCUCAAUACAGAGCAUGUCGUAUCUAUUGGCCCCAAUCUCGAUUUUCAGUUGAGGUCUUUCGUCGGUCCCCUUGACGUCUUCGGUGGUGUCCUCGUCAAGCUCGAUUCCGAACUGGAAACAGAGCUCGUCGAACUCCUCGGUGGUGUAUUCCUUGCCCAACAGGGCGAACAGGUCGGCCUUAUCGACAGCGACGGUAGGCAUGGUUGA